GAUCUCAGUCUACCCAAUGGCACACCUGUGGACACUUCUAGCCCAGCCUCUUCCUCAUCCCUCCUGAACAGACUGCAGCUGGAUGAUGACUUGGAUGGGGAAACUAGAGACCUCUUUGUUACUGUUGAUGAUCCCAAAAAACAUGUGUGCACAAUGGAGACAUAUAUUACAUACAGGGUUACAACAAAGACCACACGAGCAGAGUUUGAUUUGCCCGAGUAUUCUGUCCGCCGGCGGUACCAAGACUUUGACUGGUUGAGAAACAAGCUGGAAGAGUCUCAGCCAACACAUCUCAUUCCCCCUCUUCCUGAAAAAUUUGUGGUGAAGGGUGUUGUUGAUCGCUUUUCUGAAGAGUUUGUGGAGACGAGGAGGAAAGCGUUAGACAAAUUCUUGAAGAGAAUAACCGAUCACCCGGUGCUUUCUUUUAAUGAGCACUUCAACGUAUUUCUCACAGCCAAGGAUCUUAAUGCCUACAAAAAGCAAGGAAUGGCAUUGCUGUCAAAGGUGGGGGAGUCUGUGAAAUAUGUCACAGGAGGCUACAAAUUAAGAAGUCGGCCACUGGAGUUUGCAGCCAUUGGGGAUUAUUUAGACACAUUCUCUCUAAAGCUUGGUACCAUAGACAGGAUAGCACAACGGAUUAUCAAGGAACAGCUGGAAUACUUGGUGGAACUACGAGAAUAUGGACCUGUUUAUUCAACCUGGGGAGGGCUGGAAGUUGAGCUAUCAGAGCCACUGGAAGGGGUGUCUGCCUGUAUUGGGAACUGCUGCACAGCUCUUGAAGAACUCAGUGAAGACAUGACGGAAGACUUCCUGCCUGUGCUUAGGGAAUAUAUAUUGUACUCGGAGUCGAUGAAGGUAAAGAGCCCUGUGGCAGAAGAUACUGUUAUUGUGUUUGCAUGGAAUGAUGUAUCAGCAAGUUCAUUCUUUCUAACAGUGAGAAAG